CCCGCGCGCAACACACGCUCGCGCGCGACCUGUCACCACCGAUGACAGCCCCGUACUGAAAACACUAACGUAAAUCACGAUUCUAAAAUACGAUUUUUUUCAAAAAUGGAACGGAUGACUUUUAAACGCUCCUGCGUCGAUCUUACCUGACUUUGUAUCUGUUAAAAAACUUUUUAAUCGAUUUAUUUUGAUUACUAUAGACUACAUUUGUAUAUUGGAUAUUUUAGUGGAUGGAAUGGAUUGAAGUGACAUUUUUUUUACAAAUAUACAUGUGUUAGUGUGUUCUGAAUUCAGUGCUAAAUACUUUGUAAGGUCUACGUAAUUUUGUUUGAUCAGUUAUAUGGUUACAAGGGCGUGAAUUUUGACUCGUUAGAAGUGUGAACUGAAAACGCGUAAACUGCUGAAUUUGGUUAUUAAUAUUUGUGAGGAGUAUUUUACUGUUAAGUUCUCUUAUACUGAAAAGAGAUUUUAUUUACGCACUAGAUUUGCAAGGGUAUUAAGACGUGGUUGGCAAGGGGGGCCUCGGGCGCCAAUGAUGCCAACUGUAGGGGCCCCGGGGGACGCCACUCAGAGCGUACCACUGAUAUAUCCGCCUCGCCAUCAUGUUCACGAGGUUCGACCAAGGCAAAUCAACGAAAGGCGCUUCCAAACUCCGGCGCGACCUGAUCAACGCAGAGAUUGCCAACCUUCGGGACCUCCUGCCCCUGCCUCCGUCCACGCGACAACGUCUCUCGCAGCUACAGCUCAUGGCCCUCGUGUGUGUUUACGUCAGAAAAUCCAAUUAUUUUCAACAAGUUUUCAAACGAUUCGAGAUCAACCAACAGCCUUCUACUGCGCCUAACUUUGGUUUUUCUAAGGCCUUAAACGGAUUCCUGAUGAUGAUGACGCAGAACGGAAAACUCCUAUACAUCUCAGACAACGCGGCGGAGUAUCUAGGACAUUCAAUGGAGGACCUCCUCAUCCAUGGAGACAGUGUAUACGACGUGAUAGACAAGCAAGAUCAGCAAGCCGUCAGGUCUGAGCUCUCGAGAGCACCAACCGAUGGGGAGGACAGGGUCUUCUUAUGCCGGAUGAAUGUCGCAAGGAAUGCGAGACGACAGAUGCGGUUCGGUGAUCAGAAGGUAGUCCUAGUCCGAGGCCACUACGUCUCAUACCUGCCUCUCUGCAGCCGGAACGAACCAGUCUUCCUAGCGGCAUGCACCCCCCUAGCCAUGCCAGAGACGAGGGAGUGCGUCGUGCAUGGCGCCACCAAUGUGUUCACAACCGUACAUGCGAUGGAUAUGAAGAUACUACAUAUCGAUGCUAAUAGCGAGUGGCACCUGGGGUGGGAGAGGAGCGCUCUUCACGGCGUCAGCUGGUACCACCUGCUGCACCCCGACUGCUGCAAGGAGGCGCAGAAUAAACACCGACUAAUAACGCAGUCAGAACAAGAGCGGUCAUGUAUCGCGUUACUUCGGCUACAGCGACGGUGUGGACAGUUCCUCUGGGUCCACGCAGUAUUGCAACUGAAGGACAACCUGGAGAACUCGCAACGACCGGUCAUUGUGUGCACUAACCAGGUGUUAAGUGAACCAGAAGCAGCAGUGAUGAAGGCAAAUCCAUGGCUCUACCAUUACUACGCUGUGCAAUCCAAACUGCAUUACGGAUUAGCGUAUGAAGCAGCGACAAGAAUGUAUGGCCCACCUCCGCCCGAUAUUCAAGUGUAUCCUCCAACGAUGCAGUACACGACAGCGCCACCAGUCUGUCUAAAUGGAAACCAGCCAGUGAUGAUGCCGAACACUGGUCUACAACCUCAUAUCCCACACGUUCCUCCACAUCUAACACCAAUACAUUACGCUUAUGAGAGACAUGACAAUUUACCUGUGGACUACUCAGUUUCAUUACAGGAAAACAGAGCAUACCACAAUCUACGGAUUGACGAAAAUAGGUCUCAACCUAGUGCCAAAAGGAAAGGAAAACAGUCUGAGGAAAAGACACCUUUAACUAAUUUGUCACCACGUUUCUCAUCUAAUACCGGUGGAGACACUUUAGUAGCGGUUGCAGCGACAUCGAUAACCACGCGAAGGCCUGGCACUAAGAACAUCAACAUGACCGAAACGGAGAUGAUGGAUCAGUGGAAUCCCAGUCCGACUUGGUCAGAAUCCGCUUUGCAAAAAGUCCCAGACGUCUGUCAACAGGACUUAAGCCCUUACGUGACAACGACUCCACCAACCCCUUCUGGCACCCCGUCAGCUUACUCGCAAAACUAUAGCCAGACAUUUGUGUUCGACUGGUCACCAGAACAAUAUGUUCCUCAUACUAACAAUAGAUGUAGUACAAUAACAACAGAAAGUUCCUAUCAGCAAACUUGGAAUAGAAAUCAAAGAACUACGUUCGCCAGUAAUGGUGAAACUAUGGUCGAUGAAAAUUGUAAUCCUAAUAGAAUAAGUUUACCAAUGAGGGUCAGUCGAACGCCACCAGAGCAAAAUGUUACUCGCGAAGGAGAAACCCUUAGAAGGCAAAUGGAUCACCCUCAUCCAGAUUCGCCGGGUGCCAAAAAGCCUGCGUUAUAACUCUAGUUAAAUUAAAUUAAUCAAAUAUACUGUUAAUAUAUUAGUGUAUCAUUAUUGUUACCCUAUACUCGUAGAUAAUAAAAUAUGCCCACAAUGCACACCAUACGGUUACUCAUCAAGAGACCAGCCGUGCGGUUGAUCGCGAGCCAAUACCAACCUACGCGUCGGCAGGUGCAAUAGUACUAUCAUACAUACUGAUUACUGUCGUCAUUUUUCUAAUCAGCGCCUAUCUUCAAUAAUUAGUUUUUGAGUUAUCCCCAAAAAAUAUGGGAGUUUUCAAAAACUGAUCUUUCUAAUGAAGACCACAACUACGUACGACCAAGUUUUUCAGUUUCCAGUUUAUAGUUACGUAGCAAACUUUUUAGAAACAUCAGUUUUUUUUAAUUCCCAUGUUUUUUGGCAACACUACUUUUUGUAGUUAAAAAUAGGACGGCAUUGCCUUUCCACCAAGCUUUCCAACUGCAUGCUGCGGUCGACCGGACGGCUGGCUGUACCACGGACGGGUACCGCCUAGUUUGUAUGUAUAAUAAAGGCCUGAACAGACAUCAAGUGCGCGUCGCGCGUUUUCACGAACGUGCCAUGGGUCUGUCUCAGCCUUUAGUGGUAAAUGUUCUGGAACUCUCCUGUGAUCUAUGUGUUUUUAAGAAUUUGUAAAAUAAUUUAGACUUGUACAAAUACCUACCAUCACAUCAAAUGUGAUCAUUAAUAUAGUUAGGAAAUUGUAUAUUUCGUGUAAAUAAGUAAUUUAAGGAAACUUUUUAAAUUAGGUAUUUAAGUAUCUAACUUUAGUUGACAGGUGAGGAUGGCAGUAUUUUGUGAAUAUUUUACAGCUUUGUGUUCUAUAGAAGGUGCGCACACACGAGUUAUUGUCUGUUAUAAGUUUUGUUAAUAAAAGAUGCUUGUGUGUACGCGCCCUUAUUAUUGUUUGUAUAUUGAAAAGAAAAAGUCUAACUAUUACAGGGUGACUAUGCAAUUGUUAAAAUAAUAAAAAAAAUGUUAGUUUUAGAAAUUAGGUGUAGAGUAAAAAAUGAGAUGUAAUUACUUAAUGGAGUAAGAUUAAAAAAUGAAAUCAUAUCUUUUGUACUAUAAUGGUCACUAUUCUGUAAAGUUGCAAAUUCAAGUUAGGUAUAUUUUAGAUUUUUUUCAUUGAAAUUUUUAACUAUUUAAGUAUUUCAAAGUACCUACUUAAAAAAAUUAUUUUACUAAGUUCGUAUUUGGUUUAUAUCUGUGUAUAGUUCGCGACAGGUCAAGAUGGCA